UCUGAUUGGCACAACAAACCGAAGAAGUUUGCAAUUCCUGUAGCGCUUUAAUUUUCUCGCUUUGUUUAGCAAGCAGAUAAGAAAGAAACGCGUGCAGGAAUUUGCCUACGAAACGAAUUGUUCCACGCACAAUACGCAGCAAGGUUUUAGCGUAGCUGCCAAAAAGGUAGCAGAAAAAGUAGUCGAGAAAAUGGAGCGACAUUGCAGAAACGACAUUUAGGCAUGACGUUCACUAAUUAACUAAUUAAAAAGAGAAAAGCGGCACACAAACAACAACAAAAAAGGUGUAACAUAACACAAAAAUAGCUACAACCAACAAACUAGGAGUCGACUGCCACAAGCUGCUUUCUGCUGCUGCUGCCUCCGCCUAAUAUGACAUCAUACGCAAAUGACACAAGCACCACAGCAGCAGCAACUCCAACAAAUACAAAUACAACAGCAGCACCAGCAGAAAUAACAACAACAAACUCAUCGGCAUCGACGCCAGCAGCAACAAUUGCUGCAGGUGGUGCAAACAUUACUUCACUGAGCCCGAGCCCUGCAACAGUCAACCGCAAAUAUAACAAACAAAUGUCCAAUCAGCAGAGUCCGUCCAGAUACGACGACGACGAUAGCUCCGAUGGACGCGAGAAGAUCGACACAACGCCGGAGAACAUUAAGAAGAUAGCCGAUAUAAUCGGUGAUAAGGCAAUUGUAAUGCCAAACUCACCACAUGCCGCCCCCGCCAGCCGUCUCGCCCAUGCCAACAAUACGCAUCACAAUGCCAGCCUUGUCGGACUCGGAGCUGCCAUCGAUGAGUCAAACGUCAAGUUUUGUCUUGGCAAGCCACCGCCGUUGCCGGCCGAAAAAGUAGCUCUGAGCGCUCCGAGUCCCGGUCACAGUAGCAGCAACAAUAGCGAUCACAAUGUGGAACAUAGUGAAAAGUCAAGCAACAGCAACAGCAACAAUAAAGAUGAUCGGGGGCAAGAUGAGGACGAAUCCAUAGGAUCGAGCACAACGACGACAACAAAACAAUCUCUGGCCUUUACGAUUGAUAAUUUCGAUACUAAGGAUACGGCCGAUGCAGCAACGCAGGCGGCGCGAUAUAAGAGCAUGAUGGAGCGUUUCCAGAAUCGGCACAAACGUGGCGCUUCCAUGUCAAAGCUGGAGAGCGAGGGAGGGACAUCAUCAACUGGUCGCCACUCCCAGCGCAGCAGCAUAGAUGCCAGCAGUAGUAUCGCAGAUGAUGGAUCUGUUGCAGCCACACCUACCGAAGUGCGGCAAUCGUCAACGACGACUUCGUCAGCACAGGUAAAGCUGCGCGAUCGCAGUGCCUCGCGUGUUCGUGACGCCUCCAAGCGUCACAGCUGGUCGCCGCGCAGCUCCAGCAGUGCUGCCAACAAUGUAACUGACUCAACACCAACGCCAACAGCGGCUCCCAGACGCUCUGCCAAAACAAAGCUGCUACCGCCGCCGGCUACUGCAAAAGGCGCUGCCAAUACGCUGGCGAAUCGCACGCAAUUCACGCCACGCUCCACUGCAAUGCAAUUGGCGCUGCAACAGGUGGAUCUAAUUUGCCCCCCGUUGGCAGACGUUAAGCGGCACAACGACGAAAUGGAGGCAGACGCAGUGAGCGAUGCGGGCACCUACACGCUCGAUGGCGAUAACUACACGGAGGAGCAAAAGGAUCUCAUGAACAUCGAUCGGAAUGCGGCGAAGGCCGCCAAACAGCGUCCCAAACAGCUCGCGGUCAAAUCGUCCUCCGCGGCACUAACGAAUCGGGGCAGUAAUGUCCUCGAGGUGAACUAUUACCAUGAGACGCCGUUGCAGGAACAAAAGUCGCAGCCAGGCACCAAGGCCAACAAACUGGAUGAUGAGCUUAUGCUGGGCUCACAUCCAAGCGCCGGGGCCUACUUCGAGCAAGUGAAGUCACGUGUGUUGCGCAACAUGUGCCCGAAGGAUCAGCAACAAGCGCUUCAACCACCGCACACGCCCGAUGCCGAUGUCGGUUGCUUUACGAGUGUCACGACCAGCGGUGUGCUGGCUAAGCAACGCGCCCUGGACACACAUCCUAAGCUGAUACGACACACCCACAGCCUGUCCACAUCGCAAAUCGACAGCUCCGAGUAUGUGACCAACGAGGCAAAGAUACGGCAUGCCCAGGCCCUGGCGGGCACGGCCACCGAUCACCAGAAGGCAGAGUAUCGCCUUAAUGUGUUCACUACCUCCACGCAUCAGCGCACACCCCAGGAGUCGAAGUAUGCGGCGACACGUCAGCUGUUGGCCACACCGCCAGAAACACCCACCACGCCCACAGCGCCGUCACUGCACGGCAAGGAGCUGUCGGAUACGGCACUGCUGCAAACGGCACAGACAAAACAGGACUGGAUUCAGGAAUGGGCGCGCAAUGCGCGAGCCCGAAGCCUGGCGCAAGAUGUGAGCAGCAGUCGGCGCAAACAGCAGGCAGCACAAAAUGAGCUAAUGACGCGCAGCUACAAUUGCUCGGACACGGGUGCCGAUUCUCUGACCGACGAUAGUCUUUAUAACCAACAACGCCAGUAUGCGAACAAGCUGAAUCGCACACUCGCCGAGCGUUAUCGCCUGCUUGGCGAUUGUGACUACGCCAGCGAUCCAGCGCUGUGCAGUCAUGGGGUUGGCCCGAACAAUGAUCAGCAGCCGCCAUACAAACCGCCCAAAAGUCCCAGCAAAAUUCCUUCACCGCUGCACACGCUGGGACGUGCGCGCAGUGCCAGCCGCUCGCGAGCUGCGAUCCCGCCCGAUGCCUAUCUGGAGCAGACGGCGGCCGCCAUCAGCAAUCUGCAGCAGUCGCUGUCGCGCAAGAGCUCCAUCAAAUCGCCGGCACACUCGGGCUCACAUUGCAGCCCCCAGCAUAGUCUGGAGGCGGGUGUCGGGUAUCGGCGCUCGCCCCUGCAUCGCUCAAAGGGCGGACGCUCUGCCCGCGAUUCGCUGAUGACCAGCAGCAUCAACGAGGCGCAGCUGCAGUUGCUAACUAGCGGUGACUAUCUGUUGAAGCAGAUGCGUCAGCGCAAGAACUCGCUGGAUGAUGUGGAGGUGAUGGAAUCUCCCGUUUCGCCCCUUAAGCAAACAUCGCGAGAGCCAGCCUCAGCUUCUGCCUCGUUGUCGCCGCUGCGUCGCUCGAGCUCCUUCUCGGCAGCGAAAAUCUUGGGCCAGCAUCAACAACAGCACCAACAUCAUCAGCAGCCGCCCAGGCAGGCGCGACCCAACUUCCAAAACCUGUACACGCCGCCAGCCGCCCGCCAUCAGCAGCAGUAUAGUACGCAGCUCAAAAAAUCCGCCAGCAGCAACAAUUUCGAUCAGGCCUACAGCGACUACGACAACGAACUGCAGUACUACAUCAACGAUGAGGAUGAAAUGGGGACCACCGGUGCCUACUAUUCCAGUGGCGAGGAGGAGGAGAAUGAAGCGGCUGCAACAACCGAGGCAGUGCCAUUGAGCAACACGAGAUUAAAUAAGGCCUUGCUCAUGCGGAUUGAACGCAGUAAACAACGCGUCGCCGGGGUUGCUCCGAACAUGAGUCACUCUCAAGUCAAGCCCAGCUCUGCGCCUGCGGGCAAGCUGAGUGCCGCACAAGCUGCAGCACAAGCCGCCGGCUUGGUGGCUUGUCCGAAUACUCCGGAGCUACCACGACGUGGUAUCAAAAGUGCACCGCGUGCCACGACCACUGGUGUGGGCGUCAAAAAUCGUCAGUCCAUGCCGCGCGAGGCAAGUCUAAGUCGUUUGGCCCAGCAGGUGCCCAGCUCGUUGGCCAGCGCCAAGAAGCAAUUGUUGCAGACGGCCAAUCAGCGGGUACAGCCAAAAUAUAUGGACAUCUCCAAGUACAAGUCAGCACAGUCCAACAACUUUCUGCGCAAGAACGAUGCCAAAAGCACGCUAAAGCCCACGGAACAGAUGAAGCGCAGUCCGAGUGCCUCAUCGAUGGGCCUAACCCGUGGCGAUGCGACAAGGGCCAGCAAUCGCAGUGUACGCUCCGCUGCCUCAGUUAUGAAUUCUAGCACCAAUUCAUUAGGCGGCUCCACUGCCAACCGUGCGUCGUCCGCAGUCCGUCGUGAUGCCUCUGUGAAUAAGCAAAAGGAGGCCGAGAUGGCCAUGUGGAAGCGUCGUUCCACCUACGAUCCUAUGAAAGCAGCGGCCGAAGAUCGUCGCAAGAAAGAAGAGGCAAGGAGAGCGCAGGCGCAACGCCAACUCGCUGAUAUGUCAGAUAUGCCGUUCGAAAGUGCUCCACAACGUCCGGCGAACAAUUUAACAAUCACCGGCAGCAUAAACUACAGUCCCAGAAACUCCGUGGAGCACGACGCCUGGACGCUUGGUGAAUCCUCCGAGUACGGUGAUUACGAUGAGGAGGAGGCCGACCAUUAUGUGGGCCAGGAGUCCGACGAUGUAUUCGAGGUGGAGUCGGCGGAGGCAUCGGACCAAGUUGCCGAUUAGGCACCACGUUUUUGCAUAUAUUUUCUAUAUAAACCAGCAACAGUGAUAUAUAAAACUAUCUAUAUAUUAAUAUAUAAACAAAUGUAUGUAUAACAUAUUGUAUGUCCUACUCUAGGCUAAAUGAGCGAGCGCAAUGCGAUAUAGGAAUUAACAAGUUUGGAUUAUUGAAGAUGUUGAAACCAGAGUGGAACAUUUUAAUGAUUUAUUUCUUAUAUAUUUUUUUAUUAUUUAGUUAUGAAUGAAUUACAUAAAUAUGUAUUUUUACCAGAGAACAUACAAACUAUAAUAUAAACUGAAGAAAAUUAAUUCAAGGUUGAAUGAAAUGCUGCCUAAAAAACGCCAUAAAUGAAAUAUGAUAUUUGUUUGAAAAAGGAAGAAGAAAAUCUGAUAAGUCGUUAAAAUAAAAGAACGCACAAAAAGCGAAAAGCUCCCAAACAUCUAUUAAUGAAUCCUAUUUUUAAAACUAACUGUGCAGACAGUUAAACCAAAUUUGUUUUUUUUUUUUUAAUAUUUGUUAAAUAGAUUCUUUUUUCUUUCUUCUUAUUUUUUAAAUAUUCAAUACUCAACUGAUUUAAUGCGAAUUCUUAAGAGACGAUCGGCUGGUCAAUAAAUGUUGAACAUAUUUUUCAUAUUUCUAAACUAAUAAUUGCAAAAAUUUUACAUUUUUAAGGGAAAGAAUUGCAAUGUCAAAAAGCAAUAAUAUAUUUACUAUGUGAAGAAAUUGGAAAUAAUUUCAAAAAUUUCAACGGUUUGAGCGUAAAAGUAUUUGCCUGUCUGACCAAGUACAAUACAACACGAACUUAUGUUUUCGAACGCAUUAACAAAUUAAACAACUUUAUUAUUUAGCAACUAAUUAAGCUGAGCUCCCACUAUCUUUAAAGCACAGAAAAUAUGUCUCAAAAUAUGCCAAAUAUAGAAGCCAUGCUAUUUGGUAUGUUAGGCUUUGUUUUCCCGAUCCAAUAUGUGCUUCAGAGUUAGUGAAAGCCUUUCAAUGGUUUAUAAACAAUAGCAAUAGUUCAAAUACUCUAUCAGACUGCAACAUGUGCUACGAAAAAAUUGCAUUGGUACUACUUACAUAAUUUAACUUCUCACAUCAACUGGAAUUGAAAGAAUGAUCAAGUAAACUGGAGUUCGUGUGGCCAACAUUUUCCCGUGCUAUGUCAAUAGAUGUAGUUCCGAAUAUUCCAAAAUAUCCCUCUUGGUUCGACUGUCUCUGGACUAUUAAGUAGUUUGGUAGCUAUUUAAAAAAUAAAUGAGCAGCUUAUUAACGAAUAAAUGCAAUAAACUAAUACAAAUUAUGAAUAAGUAACAAAUACAUACAUAGUUUUAUAUGCAAUACAAUUUAUAGAACUACUCAGACCUAUUCGUAAGUCAUAUAUAUACGUAUACUAUAGGUACAUACAUAUGUGGUAUUUGCUUUUAAAUAGCCCCAACAAAGUUUUUUAAUUACUUUUAAUGUUUAUGUACGGCUUUUAAUGCUUGAGAGCAAAAUCAAAGGAAUGAUAUUGUCGAGGAAAUAUUUCCAUUGCACAAAAUAUUUCAAUUAUGUAUCGUAUAUACAUAGGUACUAUCAGGAAAUGGUGUCGGUGUCAAUAUAUCUGCUGCUCGUUAUGAUUUUUGGUGGAGUUAAAUGUACAAAAGGAAACAAAAACCAUACGAUUGUUAAUACGACUUUAAAGUAUGGAUUAAAUUUUCAAAUUUUUAUAUUUUUCCGUCAACCUAUAAAGAGACAUAUUACCUUUGCUCUAAUAUCUGGUUGCUCUUAUAUAAAAUAUUCAGAUUGUGAUGGGCUUCAAGUCCCUUAAACAGCCCCUCUAAUCUCCCAGGGUCCCAAUACUUAGCUCUCGAUCAAUCAGAGUUUUAAAAAUGAUGAGAAAACGCUAAUCCACUUAAAAUUCUUACGAGCAGCAGAGUGGUUUUAAUAUAUUUUAAGCUGUAUUAUUUUAAAUUAUUUAGUCUUUGAAGCAACAUUUGCAAUAUAACAGAGAACCGUCAUUGAAAUUUCUAAAAUUUUAUAUACUUUGAGUAUUUGAGUCAACAACAAAAACGAACACUUUAAGUAAUAAGUUUAUUAUAAAACCUGUUUCUUGUUAUUUUAUUUGAAAAGUAUAUUUAGAAAAACAAGCAAGAUGAACGAAAAAAAUAAAGAAAUUUGAAAUCAAAUGAA